AUGUUUAAGAAAGCAGCGCCCGCAGCAACUGACAAGAAGAAUGACACGGCGUCGACGACGACGACGACAGUUGAUUCACUUGAAGUUUCAACAAAAGAAAAGCGGGCUACCAAGGACUUAUUCACUGAUCUUAGUGACGAACUGAAAACCUUGUUGGAACUCGAACUUGACACCUUGCACUACGAUUGGGCCAAAGUGUUGAAGGCUGAGCUGACAAAACCUUACUUUACCACGUUGAAAAAGUUUCUGAAGGCUGAAGCAACUGCCAAAAAGACCAUUUACCCUCCAGGCCCGAAAAUCUACAGCUGGACACAUUUGACGCCUCCUUCGGAGGUAAAGGUCGUUAUCAUUGGUCAAGAUCCGUACCACGGUCCGAAUCAGGCACAUGGAUUGUGCUUUUCAGUUGUAAAAGGAGUACGUACCCCACCAUCCCUGGAGAAUAUCUAUAAGGCGCUGCGAAAUGACUUUCCCGAUUUCACAGCACCAAAGCACGGAUUUCUUGAAAAAUGGGCACAUCAGGGUGUGUUGCUACUAAACACAUCCCUGACGGUCAGGGCAAAGGAGGCUGGCAGUCAUGCUAACCGAGGCUGGGAGAAAUUUACAGAUGCUGUUAUCAGACAUAUCAACGAAAAGAAAGAACACGUUGUCUUUAUGCUUUGGGGCGCCCAUGCUCAAAGUAAAGGAGCUAAAAUCAACAAAUCGAAACAUUUGGUGCUCAAAUCCGUACAUCCCUCUCCCCUCUCUGCUCACCGAGGAUUUCUCACCUGUGGCCACUUCAAACAAGCCAACGAAUACCUGCAACAAAAUGCCAGAGACCCAAUAAACUGGAACUGUCUCGCUGAUAAUUAA